AUGACGCCAAGAUUCCCUCGAGUUUUUCACUUCCUGGUUAUAACAACGAUAUUGGAAUCCUUGUCGGAAAAUGUCCACGAGACGGUUCCGUUGAAACCUCGCGUUCUUAACUCGACGAAUGAGAACUUCUACUUGGACGGGAAAAAGUUCCACAUCUACGCUGAAUGGGCGACACAUGAGCCAAAACCGGCGGUCUACGAGUGGAAUGGAGAUGCCAACAUCACCAGAUUCAUUGAACUGGCUCAGAAAUUGGACCUCUUUGUGAUUAUUCGAGCUGGACCGUUCAUCGAUGCCGAUCGCAGUCUCGGAGGUCUUCCUGGUUGGCUCCUGACAAUCAACGUUUCGGAGAGUCGGGAAGGACUGCAACGUCAAAGCUGGGCGUAUCGCAAGUACGCCGAGGCAUGGUUGUCCCGUCUACUUCCAAAGCUCUCGAAGAUGUUGCUGUCUAACGGAGGACCGGUGAUCAUGGUGCAAAUCGAUAGCGACAUAGGCCCGAGUGAAGAGUGUCCUGGGGCCGAUUGGCUUCUGCGGAUCUUCAUUUCCUACCUUGGUCAAGAGACGAUCUUCUUCACGAUGGACCAAAACGCGUACAAGAGCCUCUUCUGUGGCAGGAUCCAAGGGGUACUACCGGGAUUCCGGAUCACUCCGUGGGAAUACAAGGAGACCUUCAACGAGUCAGUCAGCAGCCUGUUCUCCAACUUGGAGAUGCUUUCUCCUGGGUUCCCGAAACUCGUCGAGCUCCGAACCGGAACAGCUUGGUCCUGGGGCGGUCCAAGAACGUCCUUCACUUUGGACGACCUGACUAAGACUUUGGCAGAUAUCAUACAAUUCGACUGUUCCGUGAUACUCUACAUGUUCGCCGGAGGUACCAAUUUUGAAAGGGCCGGAAAUGCCGGGAACUUCAGCAUGGGUAUGAUCACCUCCUACGAUUACGAUGCCUUGAUAUCCGAAAGUGGUGAGCUCACUGACAGGUACGUUAAGGUUCAGAAAGUUCUCCUGGAGCACGCCAACGUCACCCUUAAGAAGUCCCCUACACAGCUUCUAAAAACCUCGCCAGCACUAUACAAGGAUAUCGAGUACGUCUCCUUGGGUUCCUUCCUAGAUCCAGAGGUGCGUAGAGGUUUUAACUCCACGGAAACCAAGCACGCGUUUCCUCUAACAUUUGGACAGCUCGGAAUCGCUUACGGCAUGGUCUUGUACGAGACAACGAUUCCCAAACAUUUCUCCAACAGCCGAUCCCACGUCGAGAUUCGUUGCUCGGGCAUUCGCGAUCGAGGUUAUGUUUACAUUCGGCGCACGCUGGUUGGGAUCUUGAACCAUAAACGCAAUACGGUCAUGGCAUCGAAACUUUCUGCUGGGAAUAGAAUACAAAUUCUGGUGGAAGAGCAAGGAUACGCCUCCCAAAAUCCCAUCGGCGGGCUCAAAGGGAUCAUCUCCGACGUCCAUCUGGACUCUAUCGUGCUAAGAGACUGGACCAUGUCCAUAUUUCCAAUAAGUCAGCCGACGGACCUCUAUCGGGCCGUCCAAGUCAUGAAACAACGGCCAGCGAGAAAACGUGGAUUCGGUUUCUAUCGUGCAGUCUUCACAGCUCCAAUGGAACCCAUGCAACCGGUGGAUGGUGUCCUGGACGUCAGCAAGUUAGGCAAAGGAAUGAUAUUCUUGAACGGUCGAAACCUGGGAAAAUGCUGGUCCAAAUCUGGGCCACAGCAGACUCUCCUUAUUCCCGGAUGUUUCAUUAGGCCUCACCCAGAAGAUAAUCAAAUAUUCGCAAUAAUUGUGCAAAAGCAACCGACCAUCGACAACGACCCCGAGACUCCGGUCACCUCCCACGACGUGCAGGAAAAAAGCCUAGCUGUGGGUAAAGGAAAAGCUUACGUGUUUUGGUUCCACGUUGGGUCCCUCGAGAACGGCGACAAUCGCUGA